GGCAUUGGAAGAAGGCAGAGGGUUGGCACCAGUGACACACUCGCGCAGCCCACGCGUACAAUUCUCUCCAACCGACUAGCCGCCUAAGCCGCAGCAGCAUGGACGCUCCGAAGCAGGUUGUCAAUUUCGGGCCCGGGCCGGCCAAGCUGCCACGUUCGGUAUUGUUAGAGAUACAAAAAGAAUUAUUAGACCACAAAGGCAUUGGGAUUAGUGUUCUUGAAAUGAGCCACAGGUCAUCAGAUUUUGCUAAGAUUCUUAACAACACUGAGAAUCUUGUGCGGGAACUGCUAGCUGUUCCAGACAACUACAAGGUGAUUUUUGUGCAAGGAGGUGGGUCUGGCCAGUUCAGUGCUGUUCCCUUAAACCUGAUUGGACGGAAAGCUGGAAGGUGUGCCGACUAUGUGGUGACAGGAGCUUGGUCAGCGAAAGCUGCAGAAGAGGCUAAGAAGUUUGGGACUGUGAAUAUCGUCCACCCUAAACUUGGGAGUUACACAAAAAUUCCAGACCCGAGCACCUGGACCCUCAGCCCUGAGGCCUCCUACGUGUAUUACUGUGCUAACGAGACCGUGCAUGGUGUGGAGUUUCACUUCAUCCCUGACGUCAAGGAUGCAGUGCUGGUUUGUGACAUGUCCUCGAACUUCCUCUCCAGGCCAGUGGACGUUUCCAAGUUUGGGGUGAUCUUCGCUGGUGCCCAGAAGAACGUCGGCUCGGCGGGGGUCACCGUGGUGAUCAUCCGCGAUGACCUGCUGGGCUUCGCCCUCACGGAGUGCCCCGCCGUCCUGGAGUACAAAGUGCAGGCCGCAAACAACUCCUUGUACAACACUCCGCCCUGCUUCAGCAUCUAUGUCAUGGGCCUGGUCCUGGAGUGGAUUAAGAACAACGGGGGUGCAGCAGCCAUGGAGAAGCUUAGCUCCAUCAAAUCUCAGAUGAUUUAUGACAUCAUUGAUAAUUCGCAAGGAUUCUAUGUAUGUCCGGUGGAGCCCCAGAAUAGGAGCAGGAUGAAUAUUCCAUUCCGCAUUGGCAACGCCAAAGGGGAUGACGCGUUAGAAAAAAGGUUUCUUGAUAAAGCCCUUGAGCUCAAUAUGAUCUCCUUGAAAGGGCACAGGUCUGUGGGAGGCAUCCGGGCCUCUCUGUAUAAUGCCGUCACGAUCGAGGACGUGCAGGAGCUGGCAGCCUUCAUGAAGAAAUUUUUGGAGAUGCAUCAGCUGUGAAUACAUCCUCCUCUCUGAUAUACACUGCACCCCUGAACCAUGUCCAAAACUGAAAGUAACUCAAUGGCUUCAAAAACUUAACUGUGGUAUUUUCCUCAAAGGAACAUGCUUAUUGUAGAUUUUUCUUUUGAUUUUCAAAGAACAGCAAGAUAUCCACAGCUCUGUGAAGCUGGUGGAACAGACACCUUAAUUUUGACUUGAACUGGAAGCUUUUAAAAAAACCUUUAGCUUUUCUAAUGAUUCCAGCUUAUGGUCAUAUCUUUGCUGCUGCUUUUUCUAGCUCGAUCUCAGUAUUCAGACUUGCCUGUGGACUUACACAAAGUGCUAAUGUUUCCAAUUUGUAGCAUUGAUGGUGGGUGGGGUUUGUUAGGUGCUGAAUUUGAUCCUUUCCAAAAUGACAGCAGCAGGGGCUCCUGGGUUCCACAAUUGUUGAUUCAGGUUAACCUUGACCAUGUGGUGAGUGUUUAGGAGUUCUAGGCUAAAGGGCCAAUUAGAGAUCUUUAUACUGUUAUUCUCAUAAAGAGAUAAAAAUGACAUACCAUAUGUUUAUAUAGCAAGCUCUGUUUUUAAUACCAAAUAGUUUAUAUCGCCAUACAUUUAUAUUUCUAAUGAUAGCAGUACUCAGUGAUAUAUGUAGAGACUUUGGGAAUUUAUUAGACUCCUGGACCUUAUGCAUCAUAGCAAUGUAUUUUCAAUGGUUUUUGUCUUUCUCCUUCCUUUUGAAGCUGCUUCGGAAGAUUUAGAAGCUCCCCAAUUCACUUUUAUUUUCCUUUCAGUAGGUAGAAGAGAAGGUUGGUUGAUUGGUUCUUUUCAGUUACGUCGUUACACUAAAAAAAUCUGUUACACUCGCUUAUCCUUUGUUCACCUGACCGUUCUCACUGCGGUGUUUGACCAGCGUGAUGCCGUGAGUUCGGGGAGAAACCCGCUGAAGAGUCUUUUCCCCUGUUGUUUAUCCACUGUCAGUGUUUUAUGUUGAAUAAGUGAAGGACAUUAAAGUUCUAAAACACCUAAA